AUUAUUGAUAUUUUUACUCCAUUUCUUUUCCCUCCGCUUUUCUUUGUUACGUCCAUUUAUCUCAUAACUCGAGUCACCCUUUAAGUCGGAUUUCAUAUUUAGGCUUCUUUCUAUUUUCUCCGUUCCUCUGUAUUAUUGCUAUCGUUCCCUGUAUUCUUCAAUUCUUCAGUUUCAUUUUACUCUCCAUAUUUCCCAAUAUCUCUAUACUCUCUAUUUUUCUCCGUUUCUCAUAAUUCUCUAUUUUUCCUCCGUUUCCCUUUAUAUCCUCUAUUUCUUCUUCGUUCCUCUUUGUUUUCGCUAUUUCCCUUCCGUUUCUCUCCAUUGUCUCGAUUUUUUUCAUAAGCCUUUAUUUCUUCCAUUUCUCUCCAUUGUCUCAAUCGUCCUCCAUAUUCCUUUAUUCUCUCUAUUCUGAUUACGUUUCUCUUGAUUCACUCUAUUCUUCUGUUCGUAGGUAACGAGAAUGUCUUCGCAGACGAGGAGGAGAGACCUCGAAGAGGGCGGGUGGGUCUCCUAGGUGGAAGGAUGCCGAAGACUCGGAGGUCAGGAGCUGAUCGGGCUCUUCAGGGGGUGGAUCUUCAUGAACAGCGGCCGAUGGGAGGGCAAUAAGCGAAGGGGGACCGAGGCCCUCCAAGGAGGAAUGGGCCCUUGGGCCUUUGGCGUUCCUCUCAUCCUGGUUUCUGCCGUGGGCCUCGUGCUGAACGCCUACGUCCUCAUCGUGGUGGGCCUCAGCAAGCCGACCCAGCAGCAGCAGACGACGAACACGCUGUUGCUGAUCCACCUGGGAGCCGUGGAGGCCGCGGUCUGCUUCGUGGUGCUGGUCUUCGCGACCGGAGGCUGGCCAUCGGCCGGAACUUCCUGCGCCCUCCACGGGUUCCUCCUGGCGCUGCUGCACCCCGUCGCCCUCUGGACGGUCACCGGCCUCAACUGCGACAGGUACUACGCCAUCGCGGAGCCCCUGCGAUACUCGGCGCUGGUGUCGCCUCGAAGAGUGGUCCUGGGUCUGGUGGCCUCCUGGACGGGCGCCCUGGUCCUCUGCGUCCCGCCGUUCUCCGGGCUGGUCCCGCCCUACAGGUACAACCCUGGAUUGGGCUGCUGCUUGCCCGACUUCGGGAGCGCCUCUUGGUACGGCGCCCUCUAUGCCGCCCUCGGCCUCGUCCUCCCCGCCCUCCUCGUCACCGCCUGCAACCUCAGGGUCCUCGGCAUCGCCCGAUACCACCGACAUCGCAUCGCCAGCGCCAUCUACGAGGUCACUCUUAGCGCCCAAGUUACAAUCACUCAUCAGCGAAAUCCCUUCAGCUUCGUCCCCACUGUCACGUCCCCCGCUGCGGGGGGGCCGCCGCGGUUUCACAGCGCUGCCAGCACGGUGAUGCAGCUGGUGGGUUCCCUGUACCUUUUGUACUUCCCGUACUGCGGGCUCAUCAUAUGGGAGUCCUGUGGGGUUGGAAGUCAUCAUCGUCUCUCUUCACAUCCGAGACUCGCUGGAGCUGCUUCUCUUCUCUUGGCGUGUUCUCCACCCUUGAACGGCCUCCUCUACGGACUCAAGUCCCGGACCCUGAGGAGGUCGGUAAAGAACUACUGGAGGAAGAAGGCCACCAAGUCGGAGCUGCAACAGGAGAUCCAGGCCAGGACGCCAAGUGUGGCGGGCUCCAGGAGGCCCUCGGGAAGCGGGCCCACGUCCUUGUUCCCGUUCCCCCCGCUCCAGAGGAGGCUCAGCGAGGCCCUGCUGGUCCUCGGGUCCUGCAGGUCGGGUACUUUUGAGAGUGGCUCCAUCGGAAACGCCUUCCAGCGCACUAGGCUGCAGCCAGCUGCCUCCUGCAACACCCUCAGGGUCCCAGCUCCUGAAUCGGGUGAGACGGGGAAGCCGGUGCGGUCCAGCGCGAGCGCGGCCAACCUCAUUGGUGCAGCUGCAGCUGCAGGUGCCCGCGGUUUCGAGGCCUCGGGGUGCUCGCCGAACCAUGGAGAGACCCCCCGGAAGAGCCCCAGGAUCCUGAUCACCAGGACAUACAGCGAGGAGAGCCAGGAAGGAGGGUCGCCCUUGCUGAAGAGGUCUUCCUUCGCCGCCCCUUGCGAAAAGCGGAGGUGGCGACAGAGGAGUACCGGAAGCGGCAGCAGCACCGGCAGCAACGAGAGCUGCGUCUGGACGACCGGAGUCGCCCCGAGGCUCGCCAGGAACGGCGCCGGUAAUUCUGAAGAUUUCUGGACAAUUGGUCGAACCCGAACUCGAGGGAACACUCUCGAAGAAGGUCUUUUUUCAGCGAGGCCCACCAAUAACAGCGACAGCAGCGACACCACCGACACUACCGCCACCACCGCCUCGAAUCUCCCUUCGAAGACGCUUUUCGGGGAAGAACACAGAGAAGAGGAGGAGUCGAAGAGGACGCCGGGGGAAAGCGAUAGCGAGGAUAGUUGGGGAAGUGUGGAGAGCGAGGAUGGGAGAGAAGCUGUCGAGAAACACGAAGAAACGCGGAAUCGAAAAAAUUGCCACGAAGAGGAUGACAGGAGAAACAGGAGAGAAAGGCGAAAGGAAAGGUCUAGGGGAAAGUCCAACCCUGAAGAGUACGAACGGCGUUCGCAAUUGAGACCUCUAUUGACUUCCUCAUCGUAAAUUAUAAAUGAUUACGAAUUUUGCCACGAAGAUAAACAAGAUAGGAUCAGAAGAGAAGAACGAAAGAGAAAAUUCGGAAGAAGACGAACCCUGAAGAGUACGAACGGCAUUCGCAACUGAGACCUCCAUUGACUUCCUCAUCGUAAAUUAUAAAUGAUUACGAAUUUUGCCACGAAGAUAAACAAGAUAGGAUCAAAAGAGAAGAAUGAAAGGGAAAAUUUGAAAGAAUGUCCAACCCUGAAGAGUACGAACGGCAUUUGCAAUUGAGAUUUCUAUUGACUUCGCCAUCGUAAAUUAUAAAUCAUUACGAAUUUUGCCACGAAGAUAAACAAGAUAGAAUCAGAAGAGAAGAGUGAGAGGGAAAAUUCGGAAGAAAGUCCAACCUUGAAGAGUAUGAACACCGCACGUGGUUGCAACUUCUGUUGACUUUCGCGUCUUAAAUUCUAGAUGAUUAGAAAUGUCGGUACGAAGAGGAACUAGAAAAGAAGGGAAAAAUAAAAGUCCAACCCCGAAGAGAACGAACGGCGCAUGCGAUUGCUCUAUUGAUAUUCCUCGUCGUAACUUCUACAUGAUUAUGAAUUUCGCCACGAAUGGGAAGAUUCUAGAAGUAGAAGAGAAGGACGGAAAGUCUCUGUUCACUUCCUGGUUCUACCUUUUAAAUAAUUUCGAAUUUCCCCACGAAGGGGAAGACUGCAAAACUAUAAUAGAAGAGGAAGGCGAAAGGUCUCCAUCCACUUUUUCGUCCUAAAUUUGAAAUACUUACGAAUUUCCGUACAAAGAGAAAUGCCCCAGAACAAGAAGGAAAUCCCCACUAAGGAUAUGAUAAACAACUAUAAAAAGGGAGGAAAUAGAACUAUAAAGUAAGAGAGUACAAUUAUGAAAUGACAAAGUGCAACUAUACACCUGUAAGAAAGAAAGAGAGCAAUUUGUAAAAUUACUUUUUCUUUCUGUACUUGUAUAUCGUAUCACCUAUAGAGACUGGCGUCUAUUUUACAAUGUGGUAAUGGUAUAGUGGUAAUGUAUACCACUAUUUUUCCUCAACAUACCCCGGUUUUACAAAUACCGGUGUUACAACUACGGAUAUUAACCAUGUAUACGCCGUUUUACUCAAUUUUUACUGGUAAAAACAACGUAAAAAAGGGUUUUUUUACACGGCACUCGACACCAGCAAUUAACAUCGGUAAUUAUAAAACCCGUGUAAAAAAAAAAGAACGGGUAAAUGCAGAAAAUAAAUUGACCUAUCGUCAAUUUUCCCUCACACUUCUCCAGAUCUCCGGAAUUAACCUUCUACCUCUUGCAUUGAAAAAUCCAAGAAAUAUUUAAAUCAACGUAGAACAAUAAGACUGCAGGUCGGACAUUUACAAUGACCCUAAAACAACAGAUUACAAGCAUGUAAUAUAUAGAACCAAAUCGGCGGGGUGGAAUGAGGAAACCGGCGUGGGAAUAUUCGAACAUAAUUACCGACUUAAUUACUUUCCGCUCCAAUUAAAGCGCAUCAAUUUCGGGGGCUAAACUUAUAAUUAAAAGGGAUACUUCGCUAAGGGGAUGGGCGGCGCGAUUUGCGAGCAAUAAUUAAGGAGAAGUCCUUUUCGUUAUUUUUAUAUUAAGGUGUAGGGAGGGUCGUACUUCAUUUAGACUGUAGAUAGACCUGUAAUUUCGACCUAAUCAUCGGUCGCUAUCGGUAAUUGCGGAAGUUACGUGUCGUUACGGAGGUGACGUAGGUCGUGUCGAAGUAGAUAUUCCCUGGUGAUAAGACUUAACGGAAUUAUCAGACUCGUUGGGUAGAAUCUGUGCCCCGAGGGAGAUUAUAAAGGGGGACAGACUGUAUCGAAUUUGACACUGUACUCGUGCAUUAGCGGUAAUUGAUCUCGAUGAUAAUCGGUACACGUAGAGUCGACACUCUUCACCCCAUUUCCUCGGUGCAUGUUGUAUGUAUAGUCUCCUAGUACACUGAGCGAAAAAAAAAAAUCACUUUCUAGGGAAAUUAAACUUCUCGUGGCGCGUAGAUAGCUGGAUAUAUAUAUAUAUAUAUAGCUGGAAGCUAAGAAUGUUUACAGCAAAAGUACUUAAUAAAAUUAACAUAAUAAAAAUACAUUUUUUACUUCACG